AGAGGCGGCGGCGAGCGGAGCUGCGGCAGCCGGCCCGAGGCAGAGGUCCAAACCAUGAAUUACGUUGGGCAGUUAGCAGGACAAGUGUUUGUGACUGUGAAGGAGCUCUAUAAGGGUCUAAACCCAGCCACACUGUCAGGAUGUAUAGAUAUAAUUGUGGUACGUCAGCCAGACGGAAAUCUGCAGUGUUCCCCUUUCCACGUUCGCUUCGGGAAAAUGGGAGUUCUGCGCUCCAGGGAGAAAGUGGUUGAUAUAGAAAUUAAUGGAGAGGCUGUAGAUUUGCACAUGAAACUGGGAGACAAUGGGGAGGCCUUUUUUGUGCAGGAGACAGAUAAUGAUCAGGAGGUGAUUCCUUAUCAUCUCUCCACAUCUCCCAUUCUGUCUGAGGGGACUGCCUUAAUGGAAUCCCAGCUGAAGUGGAAUUCCAUAGACAGGAUACGAAACCUGGACACCAAUGCAUCCUCACAAGUCCCACCCCAAGCCCAUGGAUCCCAGCCUUCUACUGAAACAUCUCCAGUCUGUAGCUCUGUGAAAAAAAGGAGGAAGAAGAGGAGGAAGUCAACUCAUAAAAUAGACAGCUUAAAAAGAGAAGACACACAUGGGGACACAUCAGAAGAUGAAGACAUGUUUCCCAUAGAGAUUAGCUCUGAGGAAGAAAAAGAGCCAUUGGAUAAUUCAAGGAUCCCUGUUCCAGAUGUGUUUGUUGAUGAUGUAUCUGACACAAAGGCUCCUGCAGUUUCUGUGCUUUCUCAGUCUGCACCUUACGCUCAUUCAGAUGGAGAAUGGUCACCUCUAAAAAGCCCAUCAGAUUCACGUCCUCCUACUCCUCAAAGUGACUCAGAAUUAGUCAGUAAACCUACAGACAGAAGUGGACUGAAGGAUAAUCCCCACAUGCACUGGGCAUGGGGAGAGCUACCCCAGGCUGCAAAGGCCAGUUCUCUACUCAAACCAAAGGAACCCAGCAUGGCAGAUGUAAAUCCCUCUGAAAGCACUCACUUUCGGGUCAUCCAAAGUUCCUCUGUUGAGGAGUUUAACACAGUGUCUCCUCUGCCUGCCCUUGGACAAGCAGAUGCAGCAAUUGCUGGUGAAAGUGAGCCCUUAUCAGCUGAGACAAAUAAGCCAGAGACAGAGCUGCCAGGAGCAGCUGAACCCCCAUUGCCUGCAACCGAAGAAAUAAAGCAAGCUGCAGCUUGCUCAGCCCAACCGACUGGCAAGAUGGAUUCCCCUUCCAGAAAGAAAGACAAACGGAGCCGGCAUCUUGGUGCUGAUGGUGUCUAUUUAGAUGACCUCACUGACAUGGAUCCAGAAGUUGCUGCACUUUAUUUCCCCAAAAAUGGGGAUAACACCCAAAGCAGGAGCACGGCUGACGUGGGGCCGCGGCCGGCCAGCCACUCUCCGCAGUCUGCCGGGAGCUCGGGCGUUGACAGCGGGGCUGAGAGCACCUCGGAUGGAAUCCGGGAUUUGCCCUCCAUUGCCAUUUCUCUCUGCGGAGGCCUUACUGAGAACAAAGAGAUAACCAAAGAAGAGUUCUUAGAACAUGCAGUAACGUAUCAGCAGUUUGUGGACAAUCCUGCUAUUAUUGAUGACCCUAACCUUGUGGUUAAGAUUGGAAAUAAGUACUACAACUGGACGACAGCUGGUCCCCUUCUGCUGGCAAUGCAGGCAUUCCAGAAACCUUUGCCAAAGUAUUCAUGCUUAAGUUACUUCAGAGCAGCUCUGGAUACCAUUAGAUUUUGCUUUAGUAGAAUUUAUGGUCCACAGACAGCAACUGUGGAAUCUAUAAUGAGGGACAAGAUGCCAAAGAAAGGUGGAAGAUGGUGGUUUUCAUGGCGAGGCAGGAACAGCACUAUUAAAGAGGAAACAAAACCAGAGCAAGGCAUUAGUGAGAGUGGACUUACAGAAGAAUCUUCACAGAUGAGCAGGGCAAACAGAAUAAAGGAUGAAUCUUCUUCAAGCGAUGAAGACCCAAGAGCUGCCAAACAAAACCUCGGGUCAUUGCAAGCCAACUCCAGUCAUCUCUCAUUAUUGUCUGGAAUCAGUUACAAAAAGUCACUUCGACUCACUUCUGACCAACUUAAAAGCUUAAAGCUCAAGAAUGGCCCCAAUGAUGUGACCUUUAGUGUUACAACCCAGUACCAAGGCACUUGCCGCUGUGAAGGCACCAUUUACCUGUGGAAUUGGGAUGACAAAGUUGUUAUUUCUGAUAUUGAUGGGACAAUCACACGGUCAGAUACUUUAGGUCAUAUUUUGCCAACUCUUGGCAAAGACUGGACACACCAAGGGAUUGCAAAGUUGUACCAUAAAGUGAGCCAAAAUGGAUAUAAAUUUUUGUACUGCUCAGCACGAGCUAUUGGAAUGGCAGGCAUGACCAGAGGAUACUUGCACUGGGUCAAUGAAAGAGGAACUGUGCUGCCUCAGGGGCCGGUUUUGCUGAGUCCAAGCAGCCUAUUCUCAGCUCUUCACAGGGAGGUCAUAGAAAAGAAGCCAGAAAAAUUUAAAGUUCAGUGUUUGACAGACAUCAAGAAUUUGUUUUAUCCUAACACAGAGCCCUUUUAUGCUGCUUUUGGAAACAGACCUGCUGAUGUUUAUUCAUACAAACAAGUGGGGGUUUCUUUAAACAGGAUAUUUACAGUUAACCCCAAAGGAGAACUUAUACAAGAGCAUGCGAAGACAAACAUCUCAUCCUAUGUCAGACUCUGUGAAGUGGUCGAUCACAUUUUCCCUUUGCUGAAAAGAAGUAAUUCUUCAGACUUCCCUUGUUCUGACACCUACAGCCAGUUCACCUACUGGAGAGAACCUCUGCCACCAUUUGAAACUCAGGAUGUACAUCCAGCCUCAUCUUAAUCACAUCUCCAAAUUGUUGGUCUCACCUCAAAGACUGGGUUGGCUUGUGUUGAAAGGACACCACUUGGCUUCUGCUGUUGACAGUUCAGUUGGGAUCUGUGAAGUUGUGAGCAUUGUAUUCUUCUGUUGUGAGCAAACUUAGGAAUGCUUUUUCAUACUUACUUAGGUUUCCAGACAAGAGGAGUCUUGUUAGGAAUAGGAGUUGCUUUUCUAGGUCCUUUCCCAGUUCCUCAAAUUUUGCCAUGCACUUUCGUUAUAUAAGGUCAAUUAAAAGUGCAGUGAUGU